CGCCCCCUUGUCCUAACGAAAGGGACAUGUGCGCAUGCUCACUUCCUUCACGGUUCCUGCUUCUCUUCGGUCUGUCUGUGUUGAUAGCGGCUUUUGCUUCCACACGUGUAAUCAGUCCUAUGUGAAUCUCGCUGUUUGGGACCCGUUUAUUAGUUCGUCCUACUCCGUCAGAAUAGGUGUAAAGUCAUAGCAACCGACAACCAUGGGGGCAUAUCUGUCGCAACCUAACACGACUAAAACCUCCUCCGAUGGCGGCAACAGCAACAUGAGCUACGGUUUCUCUGCCAUGCAGGGUUGGCGUGUCUCCAUGGAGGAUGCCCACAAUUGUAUCCCAGAGUUUGAUGAUGAGACAGCCAUGUUUGCUGUAUUUGAUGGACAUGGAGGUGAAGAGGUGGCUCUCUACUGUUCAAAGUACCUUCCUGACAUCAUCAAGGAGCAGAAGACCUACCAAGAUGGAAAGCUGCAAAAGGCUCUGGAGGAUGCCUUCUUGGCCAUUGACAGCAGAAUGACCACAGAGGAAGUCAUCAAGGAGCUGGUUCAGAUCGCUGGACGGCCCACUGAGGAGCCGCCUGCUGAAAAAGUGGCAGACGAGGACGAUUUGGACACAGAGGAGGCAGCUUUGCUCCACGAGGAGGCCACCAUGACUAUAGAGGAGCUGCUGGUACGCUACGGCCAGAACCGCAACGCUGUCAAACAUGUUGCUGCCAUCAGUGCUGCUGCACAGAAGGCAUCCUGCUUGCAACCUGAGGCCUUGGGUGACAACGAGGGGGGUGAGGAAGGACAGAAGAAGGAGGGUUUGAAUGGAGAGGUGGAGGAGGAGAGCAAUGGGAAGGUGAAGGAAGGCGAAGGGGCAGCGUGUAGCUCUAAGCUGCGAGCCUGUCGAAGAACAGGUGGCAGUGAAGGCAGCAGUGCAGCAGCUGACUCUGGAGAGUCCAAUGGAGAAGAAAAGUCUGGAAAAGCAGAAGGAGAUGCUGGUCCGUCCUGCUCCUCUUUGUCCUCCAAGGCUGCAGGAGAUGCCAAGUCCAGGUUCUUUGAAGACAGUGAGGAGUCUGAGGAUGGAGAGGAGGAGGAGGAGGGUAGUGAUGAGGAGGAUGGCAGUGAAGAGGAAGAAGGUGACAGCAGUGAGUUGGAUGAUGAGGAUACGGAAGAGGGAGAGGAAGACUCUGAGGAUGAAGAUGAGGAGGAAAUGUGUCUACCUGGAAUGGAUGGCAAGGAAGAGCCUGGCUCAGACAGCGGCACCACAGCUGUAGUAGCUCUGAUCCGAGGGAAGCAGCUGAUUGUGGCCAAUGCUGGAGACUCGCGCUGUGUGGUGUCUGAACGCGGCAAAGCUGUCGAUAUGUCGUAUGACCACAAGCCAGAGGACGAGGUGGAACUCGCUCGCAUCAAAAACGCUGGAGGGAAAGUGACAAUGGACGGACGGGUCAACGGUGGACUCAACCUUUCUCGAGCUAUUGGUGACCACUUCUACAAAAGGAACAAAGCUCUGCCCCCAGAGGACCAGAUGAUUUCUGCAAUGCCAGAUGUCAAAGUUCUGACGCUUAAUGAGGACCACGACUUCAUGGUGAUUGCCUGUGAUGGCAUCUGGAAUGUGUUGAGCAGUCAGGAGGUGGUGGACUUCAUCGGUGAGAGGAUCAAACCAGAUGAGAGUGGUAAAGCCAGAACCCUCUCGUCCAUAGUGGAAGAGCUGUUGGACCACUGUUUAGCCCCCAACACAUCUGGAGAUGGGACAGGCUGUGAUAACAUGACCUGCAUCAUUGUCACCUUCCGGCCACACCUGUCCCCCGCCCAGUCAGACAACACAAAGAAGAGGAAGCACCCAGAGGAGGCAGAAGGAAGCGAGCCAGAGGAGAACGGAAGCGACUGCAAAAAGACUAAAAGUGACUAAAUGAAGAGAGCAGCCACCCUAGGGAAAGCAGCUGGUCCCGGGCCACCGCAGACACACCAGCGACACAUUCUGUUCAAAAUCAAAUCCUGACCUCACAGCAUCAGUUCACCCUAAGACAGAAAUUACAAAUGCUAUAUGUAUGCUCAAAGAUCAGCUGAACUGAGAUCAUCGGUAUAGUUUCUGUCAUUUGUUUUAGGCGCGUUCUCACUUUUUGUUUGGUCUCGUUGGAAAGAAGCUGCACACACUAACUUCUUGAAAUUCAGAAGAGACACCACUCACUGGUAUUCUAAAUGCCACAUCAUUAUCCAUAUAUUUACCUAGAAGGAAGACACAGGAUGAAUCGCCUCACCAUCUCUGCACUCGAUUACUGUUAAAAUAAUUUUCCACCCUGCAGUUUUUGUUUUAGUUGAAGGUAGCUCACAUAGUGACAGCAUCUGAGUGCUGUUCAUGUUCUUCAGUGGGGCAUGCACUUUCACUGCAGUUUUGCAGUGUAAAAUGUGCAUGUUACUUCUCAGACAUGCAACUGCACAAUGCUCUCUGUGUGGUGCCCAAAUUACAAGGCAGUCAUUUUAUCUCAAAGUGCCAUAAACACCGUGAAUUUCUCUUCAUAGGCACAGAUUGAUCCUCAGAUUAGCAGAACCC